AUGUCAUUACACAGGUAUUUCGUUCCUGCCCCUUUAGCAACAGCUGUCCAUCCUGCUCCUCCACCCAAGCCUAGACCUACCGGAAAGGAGAAAGCUCAAGAGAAGGAGAAAGAGAAGGAGAAAGAGAAAGAGAAGGAGAAAGAGAAAGAGAAAGAGAAAGAGAAAGAGAAAGAGAAAGAGAAAGAGAAAGAGAAAUAUGCCAAAGUUAAAGCAGAUGAGAAUGUUGAGCCUCAAGAUGACGCUAACAAAAAGCCAGAUGGAGUGAAGGGUGAUGAUGUUAAGCCAGUCCCAGCUGAAGAAGGGAAGAACGACGAGUCUCCCAAAGCAGAAGUCGAACUGAAAGAACCUUCUACACCUGCCACUCCUGGAUCAAUGAUACCUGAACCUCCUACACCUGCUCCCGGUGCAGUUCAAAAUGAACCUGAAGCUGGACUUGGAGUCCAGCAGGAAAGGCCUGAGGUGAUCGACAAGGGAGAGGCGAAAGCUGAUGUCCCCGCGCCCAACGUACGUAAACCUAUUGAGCCGCCGGAAUUACAUGUUGAUACCAAGAGUGUAAUUGAUCAAUCAAAGAGUAAGAGCAUCAAAGAUAUCACUCCUGAGCCUGACGAACCAUCUGCGCCACUUGAGCCAAUCAGACUUUUGGCUCCUGCACCGUUAAGACCACUUCGUACUAGACUCGAUUUGCAUCCAGCUAAACCUUAUCCACCAAUUCGUACUGAUCCAAGAGGAGCUUAUCACAAAUACGCCAAAGCAGUAGGAAACGAAGUGAUCUACGUAGACGUUACCAAGGAUGGUUGGUUAGUCGAACAAUGGAAAGAAAAAAGUGAAAGAGAAGCGUUAAAGAGAUUAACUGGUGAAUGGGAAAAAGACCUUGAAAGAGAAAUAGAAAAUAACAAAAAGAGAAAUCAAGUGGAACAAUUACCUACUACUGCUGAAGGUAUCCUAUUGAAAUUAUGGAAUGUCUUAGCUGACAUCAAUAAUCAUGAGAUCCCAGUUGAUGCAUUUUGGUCUAAAUUCGAUUGGACUCAAGAACCAGCUAAAAAGCAUUUAUUGGAUAUACGAAGGGCAACUGAAGGCGAUGAGGACAAAGGUGACAAAGUAGUUCAAGACAAAAAGCCAGAUGAGGACAAGAAAAACGAAGAAGAUGUCGAAUGGACCAAAAAAGGUUUGGAAGAAAUCUUGAGUUCGGUCGGUGUGCAGUGUACCUACAAUGUCGAAAAGCCUGUCAGACAUUGGUCAGAAGCACCAUGUGCAUAUCUUAUUCUGUCACACAACUACUUCCUUUUGAGAACAGAUAUGUACAUCAACUUUAAACCCGAAGAGAAAGCUGGUCAAUUUGAAGUCUUAGUCACUUCAGGACACGAUAGAGUAUUUGGUGAGAUGGUAAGAGCUCAACGGGAGAAAGACUACCGAGAGAGAAAAGAAAGAGAAAAGAAGGAAAAAGCAGCAAAGGAAAAGGCUGAGAAGGAGAAGAAGCAAGAUGACAAAGACAGUCAAAACGAUAAAGACAAACAGAAUGGUGAAGUGGACAACAAAAAGGAGGAUCACGAAGAAGGAUCAAAGGAAAAGGGUGAUAAAAACGAUCACCAAGAUGUAGAUGGCAAGCCGCUUGAUGUUGAGGAUGAAAAGAGGCUCAGGCUGCACACUAAACUCAAACGCGAGGGUCUUUUCAUGAACGAAAGUCCAAAUGAAACUCCAACUCCAGGUACACCAGUCAGCAAUGUCAAGUUGAUUGAUGGAGAAGCUAUUGUCCGGGCCGAGCCAAAUCCGGGAGAUGACAAAGCCAUAAUCGUGGUUCCCGUUGAUGCACAAGGUAAAAGUGACGACAAAGCAGGAAAGGACGAUAAACACGAUAACGAGAAUGUUAUCGUUCCAGGACCGAAACCUGCUCCCGUGGAUGCUGAAGCUGACAAGAAGAAACAAGUCUUAAACAUGGAUGAUAUAGCAAAAGCUUUCAAAGCAUUAGAAUCAACAAACUCCAAACCUGUUGAUCCAAAUUCCAAGGAAUCAGAAAAAGAAGAUAUCAAAAAGACUAAAUUGGUUUGGACGUGGACGGAAAGAUGUGAAAUGUGGAGAUGGAAAAAUUUCGAAAUGGGUUUAAAUGAUAUCGCACCUGGAGGUUGGGAAGAAAGGGAUUGGAAAGUCUUCGCUGAUGAUAGAGAAGUUUGGGACUAUGAUGCUGAUGAAGCUAUAGUAGAACAAGAAGAACAGGAUAUACAUGAUUGGUCGUUAUAA